GUCGAGCAUGCUUCGGCACGAAUUGGGCCACGCUCGCACCGGGGAAGGUACCACACCCUCACAGAAUAUCGGCGCCAUAGUGACAGUUUACUGUCGCGUUCCGUACGGUGAGUGAGGGGUCCGGAGGCCCACAUCCCGUCCCAUCCCUUACCCAUCCUCUCCUUCCCUAUCCUCAUUCCCUCCCAUCCUCGCCCCCUUCUCCCUAAAUCCUUCCAAAUCAUCCCUGUGAUGAUAGCAUCACAUCCAUUUCCCAGUGGAGUGGAUGCUUAUGGGUGGCGUGUAUCGCUUAACACCAGGCGACGCGUCUGCUCGGUUGCUAUCCUAUAGCAUAAAAAAAGGCUCGUAUCUCAAUUUUUAAGCUCUGAGAAUGCCUCACUUUGCACAUAUGUAUCGAAAAUAUCUAUUCUCGGGUUGAUGGUGAGCUAUCGCAUCUUCAUCUUCGUCAUCUCAUAGGUCGUGAGCAUGACUGAGGACAUCAGUAUCAUUGUGGUUUUUUUCUGUCUCAAUAUCACCAUUACUACCAUCAUCAUAAUCUUCAUCUUCGUCAUCAUGAUUACCAUCAUUAUCAGGCUCGAGGUCAUUGUUAGAAUUAUUACUAUCAAGUUGAUCACAGUUUUGAUGAACAGAAUAAAGAAUACAUUGAUAGGCAUGCUCAUGAUCAUCAUCAUCAAUAUUAUCACUAACAUCUUCUUCCUUUCCAUCAUCUCUUAGGUCUUGAGCAUGACUAUGGACAUCAGUUUCAUCAUGGUUUUUUUCUGUCUCACUAUCACCAUCACUACCAUCAUCAUAAUCUUUAUCUUCGUCAUUAUAAUUACCAUCAUUAUCAGGCUCGAGGUCAUUGUUAGAAUUAUUACUAUCAAGUUGAUCACAGUUUUGAAGAACAGCAUGAAGAAUACAUUGACAGGCAUGGUCAUGAUUAUCAUCAUCAAUAUCAUCACUAACAUCUUCCUCUUCAUCAUACUCGUCGUGAGCAUGACUAAGGACAUCAUCGUCGGUAUGAUGAUGAUCAUCAACAUGAUCGUCAUCUUCAUGAACGUCAUGUUCAUUAUCGUUGCUAUAAUCAUGAUCAUCUUCUUCUUCAGUGUUACGACAUUUUUUUUUCUUUAAAACAGUCAUCUUUGUUAUUGUCUUCUAUAUUAUUUUUACUAAAAUUUAGUAUCAUGGCAGCCUGCAUGUUGAAUAGGAUUUUUCUGUAAAAUUUUUACAUAUAGUUAUUAAUUGAAGUACAUUGUGAGGAAAAUAUAAUAUAAGUAUACAUAAUAAUCAAUCUUUCCAUAUCUUUUUCGUCGAUUGUGGGAAACCAAGAUAUCACAAUAAGUGACGUCAUCGUGUACAUAUUUCCUUGUUUCAUCAGAAUUAUCGUUGAUGAAAAGCAUCACCGAAAGAUAAAAAAAAAAUGAAGCUUAUUUUUAUUUCUUUAUCCUACUUAUAAUCUAAAAGUUUAAUUUAUUUCCACAGAGCAUAAUGCAAGUGAUAUCAAGAAAAAAAAUAAUAAAUGAGAUUAUGAAAAUAAUUGAUGGAAAGACAGAUGAAAUUCCUGUAUUAUGUGAAAACAAAGAAAUUCAAGUAAGUAUAUGUAAGUUCUAUGAUAAUAUAUAUUUUAAUGAAUUGUUAUAAAUUCUAAAUUAGAUUAGAUUAUUAUGUAUACUUAUAUUAUAUUAUAAUAUAAGUAUACAUAAUAAUCAAUCUUUCCAUAUCUUUUUCGUCGAUUGUGGGAAACCAAGAUAUCACAAUAAGUGUCGUCAGUUUAAUUUAAAGAUAAAAUUAUAUUUUAAAAGUAAAUCAAUUGAUUAACUUCAUUAAUUAUUUUAACAAUAACCAAUUGGAUAAAAGUAUUAACAAUCAUUUAAUUAUCGAGUAAUAAUAAUAUUUCAUGUCGUAUUCAAAAUAACGAUCAAAACAACACAAAUAACACCUGCGCUGACUCACACUGUCACACCACUCGAAUAGUUGUUUUGAUCGUCAUAUAAAUAACGGUCGUCUGCAUUUGCUAGUCAUUCUUGUCUUGACUUUAGUCGAGUAAAGAUGUCUAAGAAAUAUUGUAUCAGUAUUUAAUUACGUAAUACAACCACGCUUUAACAUCAGAAGUAGAAGAUGAACCAGCCCUUACUCGGAAUCCUGGCAGGCUGGCACAAAUUCUUCUAUCAUACUACGUGACAGUGUGCAACUGUCACUGUCACCAUCAUGACAGUAUACCACUGUGGACUUCAACCUUCGAAAAAAUUGAAUUGAAUUGACUUCAAGUAAAAAAGGAUGAAGGAACUCGCACAAUGUGUGUUUUCUUGUGCGUUGUGUUAAGUAAAUGUUUGUGGUGUGGAAAAUUGUAACGGUAAUGUAGUUCAUCAAUAUUAUAACUCAGUGUGUAAACCGGGCGGUUGUCCAGGAUAGUUGAGCCUUUAAUUUUGGUAAGCGAACGACGUGCUUGUCACAAAUUAUAAAUUACUGAUUCCGUGGGAAUUUUAAUCUAAUGUGGUGCCUUCGAUGGCGCCCAGUGUAAGCUAAUAUGGUGGUAAAUUACUAUUUUUCUGUAUUUUGACGAUUGAAAAACGCUUCUAAGCGAAGUCCAGUUGAAUAAAUCAAUAUUUGAGUUUGAGUUCAUCAUGUGGAUGAGAUGGUGUUCUAUAAGGACUAUGGUUAUCACUUGAGAGUUGAGAUACAGAUGAGAUACAGAAGCCGCUGUUCGCAGCUGGAAAAACUCGUUGGGCUAUCGAAUACUAUGCAAAUAUCAAAUCACAAUAAUACUCCACAGUGAUUGCUAUGAAGCGAAAAGUACAAGCAAUUGCUAAACUGCUAUUGUGUCCUAUGUACGUGUAAGAAUAGUACCAAAGCAGAAUUUAGAUGACCGUGUUAGCGGUAAUGGAAACUUAUUAUGAUAAUCGACUGCCACUUGUCUGUACGGGUCUUCUGUGACUUAGUCUGACAACUGGGCAGAUAAUAAUACAGUCGAAUGCCACUUGUCUGUACGGGUCUUCUGUGACUUAGUCUUACAACUGGGCAGAUAAUAAUACAAUCGAAUGCCACUUGUCUGUACGGGUCUUCUGUGACUUAGUCUUACAACUGGGCAGAUAAUAAUACAAUCGAAUGCCAUUUGUCUGCACGGAUUGUUACAACCGGGCGGGAAAUAAUAAUAACCUGAUUGUCACUUGUCUGACAACUGGACAAAGAAACAAAUAAUUUGAAUACUUAAAGCAAGUCUGAAUGUCACCAGCGCGAAUUAUAUCAUUCCAACAAGUGUGAAUGAUAUCAUUGAUAUUUUGAGUUUUGAAUUAACGCUCAGAGCACGAGCUUUUUUCAGAAUGGCCGUGUUAGCGCGUUUAAUUUAAAGAUAAAAUUAUAUUUUAAAAGUAAAUCAAUUGAUUAACUUCAUUAAUUAUUUUAACAAUAACCAAUUGGAUAAAAGUAUUAACAAUCAUUUAAUUAUCGAGUAAUAAUAAUAUUUCAUGUCGUAUUCAAAAUAACGAUCAAAACAACACAAAUAACACCUGCGCUGACUCACACUGUCACACCACUCGAAUAGUUGUUUUGAUCGUCAUAUAAAUAACGGUCGUCUGCAUUUGCUAGUCAUUCUUGUCUUGACUUUAGUCGAGUAAAGAUGUCUAAGAAAUAUUGUAUCAGUAUUUAAUUACGUAAUACAACCACGCUCUAACAUAUAUAUUAUCAUAGAACUUACAUAUACUUACUUGAAUUUCUUUGUUUUCACAUAAUACAGGAAUUUCAUCUGUCUUUCCAUCAAUUAUUUUCAUAAUCUCAUUUAUUAUUUUUUUUCUUGAUAUCACUUGCAUUAUGCUCUGUGGAAAUAAAUUAAACUUUUAGAUUAUAAGUAGGAUAAAGAAAAAAAAUAAGCUUCAUUUUUUUUUUAUCUUUCGGUGAUGCUUUUCAUCAACGAUAAUUCUGAUGAAACAAGGAAAUAUGUACACGAUGACGUCACUUAUUGUGAUAUCUUGGUUUCCCACAAUCGACGAAAAAGAUAUGGAAAGAUUGAUUAUUAUGUAUACUUAUAUUAUAUUUUCCUCACAAUGUACUUCAAUUAAUAACUACAUGUAAAAAUUUUACAGACAAAUCCUAUUCAACAUGCAGGCUGCCAUGAUACUAAAUUUUAGUAAAAAUAAUAUAGAAGACAAUAACAAAGAUGACUGUUUUAAAGAAAAAAAAAUGUCGUAACACUGAAGAAGAAGAUGAUCAUGAUUAUAGCAACGAUAAUGAGCAUGACGUUCAUGAAGAUGACGAUCAUGUUGAUGAUCAUCAUCAUACCGACGAUGAUGUCCUUAGUCAUGCUCACGACGAAGAUGAUGAAGAGGAAGAAGAUGUUAGUGAUGAUAUUGAUGAUGAUAAUCAUGACCAUGCCUGUCAAUGUAUUCUUCAUGCUGUUCAUCAAAACUGUGAUCAACUUGAUAGUAAUAAUUCUAACAAUGACCUCGAGCCUGAUAAUGAUGGUAAUUAUAAUGACGAAGAUAAAGAUUAUGAUGAUGGUAGUCAUGGUGAUUGUGAGACAGAAAAAAACCAUGAUGAAACUGAUGUCCUUAGUCAUGCUCAAGACCUAAGAGAUGAUGAAAAAGAAAAAGAUGUUAGUGAUAAUAUUGAUGAUGAUGAUCAUGAGCAUGCCUAUCAAUGCAUUCUUCAUGCUGUUCAUCAAUACUGUGACCAACUUGAUAGUGAUAAUUCUAAUAAUGACCUCGAGCCUGAUAAUGAUGGUAAUCAUGAUGACGAAGAUAAAGAUUUUGAUAAUGGUAGUAAUGGUGAUAUUGAGACAGAAAAAAACCACCAUGAUACUUAUGUCCUUAGUCAUGCUCACGACCUAAGAGAUGAUGAAGAGGAAGAAGAUGUUAGUGAUAAUAUUGAUGAUGAUAAUCAUGACCAUGCCUGUCAAUGUAUUCUUCAUGCUGUUCAUCAAUACUGUGACCAACUUGAUAGUAAUAAUUCUAAUAAUGACCUCGAGCCUGAUAAUGAUGGUAAUCAUGAUGACGAAGAUAAAGAUUUUGAUAAUGGUAGUAAUGGUGAUAUUGAGACAGAAAAAAACCACAAUGAUACUGAUGUCCUUAGUCAUGCUCACGACCUAAGAGAUGAUGAAGAGGAAGAAGAUGUUAGUGAUAAUAUUGAUGAUAAUAAUCAUGACCAUGCCUGUCAAUGUAUUCUUCAUGCUGUUCAUCAAAACUGUGAUCAACUUGAUAGUAAUAAUGCUAACGAUGACCUCGAGUCUGAUAAUGAUGGUAAUCAUGAUGACGAAGAUGAAGAUGCGAUAGCUCACCAUCAGAGAUAUUUUCGAUACUUAUCUGCAAAAUGAGGCAUUCUCAGGGCUUAAAAAUUGAGAUACGAGCCUAAGGAACGGCGCGUUUACAAUGAGGCCUAACGGCUCGUGGGGGUAAUCUGCGUACUAGGUCUCGUUGUAAAAGGGCCGUUUCUUCUGGCGAGUGUCUCAAUUAAACCCUGUGAAUGUCUCAGUUGGGACAUAGGUAUCGGACAAUAUUUUUUGUAACGACUGCUUUCAAAGUGGGUAAUUAAAAAAAAAACAAUUAGGUUAGUUAAUUUAACAAGUGAUAACUGCGU